AUGCAAUAUUUACUCAGAAAUUUCAUUCGCUUACCCCUCUACCACUAUUCCUAAUCCACUCCCUCUAUUGCAUCCACCCUUAAGAAUCUCUCUCCCUCUUAGCUAACUCAAUUCAAUCAACUCAUAUCAAAUGAAGACGAGAAACAACUUAAAUUAAUUGCCUAUUUAGUUCAAAAGCUAAAGCCAGGAUUAGUACCAUUUAAAUAGGUAUUGCUCCAAUAAAUCAGAAACAAAUCAAUUGAAUCGAAUUAGGAUUUGGAAUACGCAAUCAAAUUGAUUCAAAAAUUACAAAAUCCAGAAUUCUAUCUCAAUGAAUAUAUCAAUACUAUUCAAGAAAAGAGAAUACAUUCAUGCCUUAUUCAAAUAAACUACAAAUAUCCUGGUCUUUGCUCAAAUGAAUAAUUAAUUAAAAUUAAAUAGCAAUUUCCAGAAUGCACUCAAGAAAUGGUCAUCAAACUUACUUAACUUAAACAGUGUCAAUCCAAACAACAAAUAUAUUAGAAGAUCCAAACAUUCACACCCAGAGAUAUACCUGAAUAGCAUAAUCAACCUGAACAAUUAGAAAAACAUAAAUUUGUUACUCAAGGUAAGAUUGUAUUAAGAUUUCCUCCUGAACCCAAUGGAUACCUCCAUUUGGGACAUGUUAGAUCAAUUAGAUUGAACUUUCAUUCUGCUGAAUAAUUAAAUGGCCAUUGCUAUCUAAGAUAUGAUGAUACCAAUCCUGCUAAUGAGAAGUAAAUUUAUAUUGAUGAAAUUGAAGACAAUGUAAAAUGGUUUGGACAUAAACCAACUCAUAUCACAUAUGCUUCAGAUUACUUCCCAUUUAUUUUUGAUUGUGCACUCAAAUUGAUAAAAGAAAACAAAGCCUUCGUUUGCGAAUAGAAUAGAGAGGAUAUGAAGGAAUACAGAAAAAACAAGUAGCCAUCACCCUAUAGGGAUAGAGAAAUAGAUGAAAGUUUGCGUAUUUUCAAAGAGAUGCAGGAGGGGAAACAUCCUGAAAGCAAAUACACACUAAGAUUAAAAAUUGACUAUCAACAUGCCAAUCCCACUCUUAGGGAUCCAGUAAUCUAUCGAGUUUUGUAUACUGAGCAUCCCAAAAGUGGGGAUAAAUGGAAGGUGUAUCCCAUGUAUGAUUUUGCUCAUUGCAUUUGCGAUUCAAUAGAGAACAUUACUCAUUCCCUUUGUACCUUGGAAUUUGAGAUUCGAAGGGAACUUUAUUAUUGGAUAUUAACGAAUCUGAAUCUGUAUAAGCCAUUUGUGUAUGAGUUUUCACGCUUAAACGUUUCCAACAACAUGCUGUCCAAACGAAAGAUUGGGAAGAUGAUAGAAAUGGGCAUUGUUAAGGGGUGGGAUGAUCCCAGAUUAUUGACUUUGGCUGGACUGAAGAGAAGGGGUUACACUCCUUAGGCUAUUAAUGAGUUCAUCGAUCAAGUGAGUGUGCCAAGGGGAGGCAAUGAAUAAAUCAUCUCUAUCAAACUGUUGGAGAAUUGUAUAAGGAAGGAAUUGGAAAAAACGGUUCCUAAGAUCAUGGCCAUUCUGAAUCCAAUCUUGAUUGAUGUUGAAAUUGAUAAUAAUACAAUAAAAUAAGUUUACGUUUAAUAAGAUGAUGUGAAGGUGGUUGGGAGUCCUGAUUUCUAUGGUUUAACACCAAAUAAGUAGGUUUGCCUAAGGUUUUUUGGAGUAAUCCUUUGUGAAAGUAUCAUUUCGGAGGAUGAGAGGGUCAAACACAUAAAAGUAAAAUUAGUAACCACAGAUUUGGAUGAGAGGAAGAAAUUAAAAGGGUAAAUAAACUGGUUAGAUAAAAAUGAUUGCAUCAAUGCAACUGUGAAUGAGUAUUCCUAUCUGUUUGAUACUGAGAAUCCUGCUGACAUUCCGGAAUUCUGGAAUAAUAUUAAUAAAAACUCAUUGCGAAUCUAUGACGUCAAAGUUCCCAAGGCUUUAGAAUACAGAAUUGGAGAUAGAUUCUAAUUUGAGCGUAACGGAUUUUAUAUAGUUGAUUCCAUUAAGGAUGGGCAUAUCUAUUUCAACAAGAUAGUUGGACUUGCAGAAGGAGAAAAGAAAAGUCUAAAGUGA